GCUCGCGGCGGCAGGCGGGGUGGUGGGGCGGGACCGCCUCCCUUACUGACAGCCGGCAGCUGCAGCGCCCCGAGAUGUGGCCUCCGGGCCCCAGCCCCAUGCACAUUCCCCGCUAAUCCCCCAGGGCUGGCCCUGCCGGCUCCCGGGGCGGGCGGCCGGGGGGCAUGAGAGUGAGUCCGCGGCGCCCCCGAGCCGGGCCGGGCCGGGCCCAGUAGCAGAGGAAUCGACAGAGGAGCAGAGGGACAGAAGGAUAGAGGGAGAGAGGGACCGACUCUACGGCGGCAGCAUGUACGGGAAUUACUCCCACUUCCUGAAGUUUCCCACUGGCUUCGGCGGUGAUCCCCCUGGCCCUACUGGCAGCACAUCGAUGAGCCCAUCAGCUGCCUUGCCCACUGGGAAGCCAGUGGGGAGGCCCUCCCCAGCUACAUUGGACAACCCAGCCAGUGCCCCACGGGCAUUGAGUGCAGGGACAACCCCCCUCAAUGCCUUGCAGCACUCAAUACAGAGGGUCAUCACCUCUACAAUGGGCCCGCCCUCGGGGGCACCUGCCAGCUCCUCCUGGGAAUCAACCUGGUGGCACCACCCAGCUCAAGCUAUAGCAUCUUCUGGGCUCCUCACCUUUGGGGGGACAGAAAGCGAACUAGGUACAGAGUCGACCAAUGCCUCAGCCCAGGACCUCAUUGCCCAGACCCCCUCUCUCAGCACCAGUGUGUCGGAGGAUAUGAAGCCCUCUUACUGGGACUGCCGUGGUGUAGGGGGUUUUUGGCAUCGUGCACAGCUGGCAGCUCCUCAGUUCCUUGGCAAGCACUAUGGGGUGUACAGCUGCGAGGGCUGCAAAGGCUUCUUCAAGAGAACCAUCCGGAAGGACCUGACCUACACAUGCCGAGACAACAAGGACUGUCUGAUUGACAAGCGCCAGCGCAACCGCUGCCAGUACUGCCGCUACCACAAGUGCCUAGUCAUGGGCAUGAAGCGAGAAGCUGUGCAGGAGGAGCGGCAGAGGUGCCGGGAGCGUGCUGACAGUGAGGCUGAUGGUGCCGGCAGUGGCCAUGAGAACAUGCCGGUGCAGAGGAUUCUGGAAGCUGAAUUGGCUGUGGAGCCCAAGACUGAGGCCUACAGCCCCAUGAGUACCAACGAUCCUGUCACCAACAUCUUGCCUACGUCAGCUGACAAGCAACUUUUCACGCUGGUGGAGUGGGCCAAGCGCAUCCCUCACUUCUCGGACCUCACCUUGGAGGACCAGGUCAUCUUGCUUCGUGCAGGCUGGAAUGAGCUGCUGAUUGCCUCCUUCUCCCACCGCUCUGUCGUGCAGGACGGCAUCCUGCUGGCCACCGGGCUGCAUGUGCACCGCAGCAGUGCACACAGUGCUGGUGUGGGCUCCAUUUUUGACAGGGUCCUCACUGAGCUGGUCUCCAAGAUGAAGGACAUGCAGAUGGACAAGUCAGAGCUGGGGUGCCUGAGGGCCAUUGUACACUUCAACCCAGUUGGGGGGUGUCUGUCUAACCCCUCUGAGGUGGAGAUGCAGCGGGAGAAGGUUUACGCCACCCUGGAGGCUUACACCAAGCAGAAGUACCCAGACCAGCCGGGCAGAUUCGCCAAGUUACUCCUGCGCCUGCCGGCCCUGCGCUCCAUCGGCCUCAAGUGUCUGGAGCACCUGUUCUUCUUCAAGCUCAUCGGAGACACGCCCAUUGACACUUUCCUCAUGGAGAUGCUGGAGGCGCCCCUGCAGAUCACCUGAGCCUUUGCGCCCCACCCCUUUGUCCAGGCCCUGCCCCUACCUAGCCCCAGGCCCCGCCCUGUCCACACAGGCCACACCCUUUAUGACUCAGCCCGCCCAUGCCACCAGGCCCUGCCCUUCCAACCUUGAAAUUUCUAAUAAUGCUUCUAAUAAAGCCCCUUUGGCACGUGACUCCGGGUGGCCUUUUGUAACAGGGUGUUUCCUGUGGCCCUUUCCAGAAGCUCUUUUUUGUUUGUUUGUUUGUUUGUUUGUUUGGGGGCCACAUCCACCGGGGCUCAGGAGUUACUCCUGGCUCUAUGCUCAGAAAUCCUUCCUGGCAGGCUCUGGGACCAAAUAGGAUGCUGGUGAUCGAACCCCCGUCGGCCCAGUGCAAGGCAAAUGCCCUAUCACUGUGCUAUUGCUCUGGCCCCAAAGAGAUUGGCACCCAGCUGGAAGACAGGUGGAGCAAUUUGUUUUCUUUCUUUCUUUCUUUCUUUCUUUCUUUCUUUCUUUCUUUCUUUCUUUCUUUCUUUCUUUCUUUCUUUCUUUCUUUCUUUCUUUCUUUCUUUCUUUCUUUCUUUCUUUCUUCCUUCCUUCCUUCCUUCCUUCCUUCCU